AUGGUGGCGGUUGAUGUUAACGAGAAGAACAGUGGAAGCAGUCUCAAGUUUCUAUGCAGUUAUGGCGGCAAAAUCUUCCCUCGUUCUACCGACGGGAGGCUCCGUUACGUCGGAGGUCAUACCAGAGUGCUCUCCGUCGAUCGUUCUAUCUCUUUCGAAGAGCUUGUGAAGAAACUGUGUGAAUUCUGCGGAUACUCCGUUGAUCUGAGGUGUCAAUUACCCAACGGCGAUCUCGAGACUCUAAUCUCCGUCAAGUCAGAGGAGGAUCUGGCGAACAUCGUAGAGGAGUACGAUCGUGUCUCCGGAGCCAAGAUCCGGGCCGUUUUAUCGCCUCCCAGGUCGCAUAGGCACGAAUCGCCGUCCUCUUCAAGCGGCGAUAGAUCUCCGAAAUCGCCGUUCUCCGUCACGCCUUCCCCGCCGAACUCUCCGUCAAGGGGGUAUGGAAGAUAUCUACAGUCUCGGUAUUAUCUACCUCCCUCGGAUCUUCCUAGAAGAGUCAAUCAUAGAUCUGAGGAAUCGCAUUGCUGGGCUUGUCGUGCACACAAAGACUCUAGGCUCGUCUGGAAUUGA